CGACAUAAAAAAGGAACCAGCUGUGCAUCUAAGAAAUACUCAGCACUGCCUUUGGGGUUCAGAAAAACUGCAGGAGAGGAAUGCAGAUUUGACCUGAGUGAGGUGUGGAGUGGGGGCAAGUGUAUCUGGACUGAAGGCGCUUGCCCAGAGUCUCCGGAGACAUUGCAGUGUCCCCAGAGACACACUGCAGACAUUGCAGGCCUGAAGAAAGCUUCUUUUCUGCUGCCAUGGCAGCCACGCAAGGACUAGAAGGGACCACAGGGGCUGGCCCUAGUGUGUACCAUCCAGAGAAGUCUGCUGUUCUACACCCAAAUCUGUGGAAAGGGGUUCCAGAGAAGUUCUUGAAGGGGGAACCUAAAGUCCUCGGGGUUGUACAGAUCCUGAUUGCCCUGAUGAACCUCAGCCUGGGAAUAAUAAACAUUAAUGUCACAUUUCCAUUCAAUGAAGUUCAUUAUUUGUCAGAGCAUGAGUUGUACAAAAUUGUGGGGUCACUGAUGUUUAUUGUUUCAGGGUCCUUGUCAAUUGUAGCAGGGGCUAAAACUACAAAAGGUCUGAUCAGAAGUAGCCUAGGAUUAAACAUCUCCAGUUCUGUCUUGGCUGCAUUAGUCUUGUUCACUGCAGGCCACUUGAAUAGUUUUCGAUUCAAUCUCUUUCACUGCGGCACUUUUGAGAAGACAGAGAACUGCUUGAUGUCCCUGUCUAUUUUAAUGGGUAUAGAUGUUAUGGUGAUCCUGUUAAGUGUGCUAGAGUUCUGCAUUGCUGUGUCCCUCUCUGCCUUUGGAUGCAAAGUAACCUGUUGCCAUCCUGAGGGGGUUGUUUUGGUUAUGCCAUCAAAUCGUCACAUGGCAGAAACUGCAUCUUCUGCAUCAUUUGCAGGAGGUUUGGUGCCACCGACAGACCAACAACAAAAUGUUCCAGAAAAUCCAUCCUGA